GAUGCAACUCAUCCAAAAAGUAUUUAUUGUUUUACCAAUUUUGAUUUAUGUCAUAAGUCUUUUUUAGACAACCGAAUUUCGAGUUGUAUUGAGUUUGUGAAUUAAGGACAAAUCAUUUAUUUCGGAAAUGGCUUUCGCUCCUGAACUUCGAACUCACGCCCAAAAAGUUUGCACUCUUUACAAGAAAGCUAUGCGGCAAAUAGAGAGCUACUAUGUAGCAAGAUUUGUGGUAAGGUACCACCAAGUGAUACUCCGCGCGCGCUUCGAUAAGCACAAGUGUGAGGCGGACCCCAAAGAGCAGCGCCGGUUGUACUGGGUCGGCCAACAAGAGCUCUUUGACACUACACAUCCAGUACCUAUCGCCAAAUUCGCCUCGUCGGCGGGCAUAGCAGGUGGGCCGGCGCACGCGCGCGUGGUGACGCCGCCCGACUGGGUGCUGGACUACUGGCACCCGCUGGAGAAGGCGCACUACCCGGAGUACUUCUGCGUGCGCGAGCUGCGCAAGUGCGAGUACAUCGAGCACUGGAACAAGGGCACGCUCAUGUGAACUCAGAGUAAAGUCAGCGGCCUUAUUAUGUAUCUCAGUGUACCAUUCAAAAUGAGUCACUACAAAGAUUGUUGUAUUUUCGUUUUUGUGAUUAUCUAUUAUAGUUGUUUCUAUGAAAUUA